CACCUCACAAAGCAAAGCAAGCCCCAUUCCCUGGCUCGAAGAGUACCUGCAGCGAGCAAAAUAUGAAAGGGAAAAAGAAUUUGACGCCAGGCUGGCAUGCAUGAAACAUCUGGAGAAAACAGGGAAGCCAACCAAUGGAAAAGCAGUGGCCGGAAUCCCACAAUCCAAAAAUCUUUUCGAUAUGUUGCGCAUGAACUCCGAACUCUCGGAAUUCAGCGCCUUCAGAUAUUACGAAAAGAAGAGGGAAAGAGAAUCUGCUGGAACAGACACCGGCACAGGUUUUGACCCCCAAACCUCGACUGACUCCAUCCGAGACAUGUUUUCCAAGAACUGGAAACCGUCGAAGGGAAGGGAUAAGAGGCCUAAGGGUCCCCCCAAAGACGAAGCAGGCAGCAAGAACGUACAGCGCAGACUCACGCAGGAAAUUGCAACAGUGGCAGCACAGACAAAAAGGUUGUUCGACCAGAACCAGGACUACAAAAAAGAGCAAGGAGAGAAGUUCAUAAUAGUUCGGAUGAUCGCGGAAAACAAGGCGCCCGACGUCCCCAAAUCAGCAAACGUUGAUAGGGGGACCGUCAGGGCUGUAAGACCGCUGAUCCCAUUUCGGUUCAGAAACAAAUUCAACGAGUGGCAGGUGGCCACAGACGCAGCAUUCACAAUCCCCACCCUCGAUGACGACAGAGCCCUGGCCAAGAGUAUCAGGGACAAUAUCUCAGCGGAGACCCCACUGGGGGUGUUUGGGAUCCCGCCACGGGAGCAGACAGUCGAAGGGAAGGCGCUGGAAGAACCGAUCCUCACCCCCUUCGAUCCCAUCCUGGUCAAGCUCGACGAGAAAGCCAAACUCUGCGAAGGCCUGACAUGGAGGGCUUGGGACACGAUCACGAUGCUGCCAUACAACGUGCUGAACGGAAGGUUCAGCACAACCGACAUCAUUGCAGACUCGUUGGCCGACAUCAUCAGGACCCGCAUACUGACCUCCAAGACCUCGCUGCAGGACGAGGCGACCCCCAUCGACGUGGACUUGGGGAGGGAAGAAUCAGAUAGGGAGGACGAUGAGGAACACGGGAUGGAUGUGGGCGACAAGAUCUCCCCCGGGGGAGGCGACGUGGGGCCUCGCUCGACGACGGAGAGCAGCGCUGGAGAGUUCAGCCUGGGCUCCUCAGCGACUAGUGAGGACAGCAGGGACACUGACACUGACAGCGGCAAGACCCAGGCCGCAGCGGACUGAACAACUUACCACCUGCAAAAAUAAAACCCCACCCCAAAA